AUACAGUCAAAAUCAACAUGCAAUAGAAAAGCAGCUACCUGAAAUCGCUAUGAUCACUAUUAAUUCUGCAAUCAUAAAAUAUUCAAAAUGAAAUAUAAGCAAUAUGGAAAUGAUGCAGAUGCGCGGCAGAACGAAAGCCGCUGUAAAAACACACCGCUGUAACAAUUCUGCCACGCUGAUUGCUUUGAAUGAAAAAUCAUUAAUCGAGAAACGUCAUUAGUGUGGUGUUUAUUGUUUAUAAUUUGUCUAAAGAACGAUAGAACUUGUUUAAAAAUCCAUAAUUUUACGGUAAUAAUCAUAUAAAAACCAGCCAGCUUAGUAACAAAUUGUAAAAAGAAGUUCGUCGUGAUUGCGUUUAUAAUAACUGUUUAUUAAACAAAAAACAUGGAAAAAUCGGAGCAAACCUCCACCGGCGGCUGCGAGGACAUAGAAAACGACCCUUUCUUCCACGCUUUUCUAAUCGAUGAACCGGAAUCCCGGAUCGAUCUGGCCUCGACGAUGACCAUUGGGGAACAGAUAGCGAAGUUGACGGACGGUAUGGAACAGGUGUCGACGCGAAUUAAAACCCAGGUGCGUGACCAGUACGGCUCACUGUUGUCGCAGGCGAAUCAUGCCGGCCAUCUGAAUGCUGAGAUUGGCUCAAUUUCGGAACAGCUCGAAGCGCUACGUGAGGGAGCCGACCGGCUUAAAAAAAUUGUAAACGUUCCCUACGAACAGUUGGAAACGCAAACCAAAAUACUUGGUCGGUUGCACGAGGCAUCUCAUUUACUUCGUCAGAGUGGUAGAUUUUUACAGAUUCACAAAACACUAGAGAAUGCGUCCAAGUUGCCUGAUCAGGCCGCUAUCGUAUACGAGUUGGACUGCCUAAUGGAAGAUGUAGACCUGGGUAAACUUGAUUUUUUGAAAGAGGAAAUAUCUCAUGUAGCUGCUGUGAAAGGGCGCCUUCUGAAGGUUGCCAAUCGUGAUUUGUUUGAAAACAUCGAAAAUAAGAAGCAAGACGAAACCAAGGAAUGUUUGCUAAUUUACCUGAACAUGAAAACGUUGGACAAAUGUUUGAACAACAUUUUGGAAACGUAUCAGCGAUACGUGAAGGAUUCAAUUAAAGAAUGCUUCACGGCGUCUGACGUUGUGAAAAGUGCGAAAACAAACUUGUCCGGUGUUUCGAGUAAGGAGAAAACAGAGCGCCAGCAACACAAGGGUCCCGGCAAGGUUCCCACACUAACCAGCUCGGUAACUUUUCGUACCAAACUGUGGCAGGCGCUGGAGUGGUUAUUUUUGGACGAAUUCAACAGUUAUUGCCAGCAAAUUUCCUUCCUGCAGCAUUGUUUGUUAGAGUUACCCUUAACGGAAGAUUGCCUCGAUAUGGCCAAAACUCUAAGCAAGCGGUUUUGGGACCAGCUCCAAAAACAGCUGAUUGAUUCUUUCACAAAUGCGCAGCCUCAUGUGCAACAGGCACUACAGCAGGGACUACCAAAGUUACUUUCGGUGGCGCGAGGACUGGAACGUAAUGUUGAGGGUGCCUUUGAUUUUGACGAGAACGUGUUCGUUUCAUUGGAAGGCGGUUAUCUGGAGAAAUGUGCGAACAACUUGAAGGCAGUGUUGAUUGAUAUAGAUUUUCCGAAUCAGGAGGUUAUUGAUGCCCUUGUUCGGGCCGCAUCUAGCGAGCUAAACGCAGCGAUCGUGGACGAACGACUGACCAACUUGGUUACAGGAGUAAUUUGUGUAUCCAUCAAAGAUCUUUGGAACCGGAUCGAACGAAAUGUGAAACUCGGAGGUGACACACAGCAAGUAUUAGACAACCCAAAUGCGGCUCAAUCGCAAAACAUUACAUUGGCCAAUGUUGUGCAUUAUCACCAUCAAGCUAUCAAUCGUUUAAUUCAGAAUUUGGGAGCGAAGUUUUCCGGUUCGGAAUCAGCUGGAAAAUUGAAGCAAAGCCUCAACGAAGGACGAACUAUCACUCUAGCUAUUAUUCAACAAUUAAUCACUUCGAUUCAUUCCGCCGUAAACAUCAUUCUGCUUAGCAUGCAUCGAGAACCGGGAUUGAACACAACAACGAUUUCAACGGCUGGUGCCUCGUUCUAUAUGAAAGAGUUGCAUGAUUUUCUUCUUCGCUCAUGGAACUGUCACAUUGUUCCCUUCGCGGAUAAAUCUAUAGUGGAGGAAUGUGGUCAAAGUUUGGCCGUACGCUGCAUUGAGUUGUUCGUUCAGAAUGUAGCAAUCCUACGUCCGAUUUCCAGCGUCGGUCGGCAGCGGCUUCGUUCUGAUUCGCAUCAUCUGGAAGUGGCACUGAAACCUAUCGUUCCCGAUCUGACCGUUCUAGGUAAAAGUCUCCGUCUGCUUAGGGCGAUAUCCUCACUGUUGGUGGUAUCCGCCGAAGAACUAGUUCAGCAAACAUCGGAACGAGGUGGAAGUGUGCCUUCGUAUAUUGUGCUGUUUAUGCUUUUUGGGUAUGCUGGAGCAGAUCUGGCCAGUCCGCAUGUAACCGCAGGAUGGUCCAACGAGAGGCUUAUUCAAUGGUUGGAAUCGCACACAUCCGAUGCGGAGCGAUUGGAACUGAUUACUGGUGCACUUCAGCGGUACAGGGCCAUCGUUCGACAAAAGAACAUUACCCAGUACGAUGUCGUGUAUCCGCUAAUGACGAGCUACCUGGAAGACUCCAUCAGGGCGUUGAAUGCUGAAAAGAGUGGAUAAGAUGUAAGUACCUAUCAGUAUGGUAAUGACUUGAGAAAGUUUAUUUUAAUAUUAUAAUACAUUGUUAUAUUGCGAAGGAACAUAAUGUUUAUAAUAAUAAUACUAAGUAUUAAGACCUAUUUUA